AUGGAUGGGCAGUCAGGGAUUCGGGUAAAGGGGCUUGAUAAGCAUCUGACAGAUGAGAAGGCUCUGAUGAUGUACUUCAGAAAUCCAAAGAAUGGCGGUGGGGAUAUCCGCAAGAUUUACUUCCCCUUGUUGGAAAAUGACGCCGUCAUUUUAUUUAAGGACAAUGAGAUUGUACAUAGGAUCCUGUCUAUUUCAAAGCACAUGUUGAAUGGUACAAACAUUAAGUUGACACGCCUACCUCCUAUGGUUUUUACAACAAUUGAAGCCAAGUUAGAGCCAGAUAUUGCCUCCAUUGUCCUUGGAACUGACAUUUCCAAUGAACUUCAGUUCUUAGCAGAUGUCGAGAUCUGUUCCUAUGCCAAAGACAACAGUUAUACAUUGAAGGGAAACUGGUACCAAAUUGAGAGGUCAUGGCAGAUCAUACACGUGGCAAUGGGACGUCAGGAGAAGAUCCAUUAUCGCCUUCAACAACAGCUUUCCACAGAAAAUGGCGACGACAAGCCACGGCCACGCUAUCGUCCACAGGGGAAAUCUACUGAUCUGGAAGAUGACAGUGAUGAUUCUGAUCUAGAAACAAUCCAUAAAAGAAGUUCAGUUCCACAUUCUUCUGGAAGAAAAAUGCAAGACUCACAGUUAAGUGUUGAUGACAUGAAUGUUACAGACAGUAUGAUAUCCACAACACCAUUUGAGGAUGAAAUCGCACAGGAAGUCAGAAGAAUGUGGCCAAGUAGAUCAUCGUCAUCAUCAAAUACUCAUCACCAACAAGGUGACAGCGAAGAAAUGUACACAUCACAUAAAUACCACCAACAGAAAGUAGGUGACAAAAGAGGUAACUCUUCAAAGACUGACGAUGGAAAACAUUCUAGUUAUAAAUCAGAAAAAAGUAAAGAAGAACACUCUCGUUCAGAUGCUGUCAAGGAAGGUAAUUCUAGUUACAGGUCUGACAGAGGCACCAGACUGGCCUCCUUUUCAGAACAUCGACAUUCAGCAUCACCUUCAGAUACAUCUAUAACCCAUGAUUAUUCUGAAAAUUAUUCCUCGCUGCAAGGAUCAACCUAUGACCAUCUGUUCCCAAAGGUAGAAGUUUUACAUCCAAGCCAGCAAAGUAACACCAGAAAUACAGGUCAGGAGGUGGGUGGUCGAGGAAGUAAAACUUACACAGUGACAAAACACCAGUCAAGGUCACUGCUCGAUGACGUUCAAAUGAAUUCUGAUGACUCAGAAACGGAAGUGGUGAGUGUAAGUUCUUUCCAAAAGCACAGGCUACAAGACCAAAAUGACACGUUCAAGCAUUUUUCAUCUCAAAACAGUAUUACAGAAAAUUUAGAUUCUAUCUCAAGGAAUUCAUCAGAAGGAUUUUCUGUGCGUAGAGGAAGUAACAACUCCGAGACUCAAGUUCUAAAAGUUCACAGCACAGGGGAGAACACCCGAGUAAAACAGACUCAUGAUCAUAGUGCUGUCAAUGGGACAAAAAGCAGGGAUACGAGUGACCAAAUGACCAAAUAUUCUGGGUCAGUUGAUAAAAGGUACAGUAGCCUUCCGGUGGGGACAUCUCAUUAUGGGGUUUAUAAUGGUAUGGCAUCAGAUUUGUCAAGGUCAAGAGCAACCGAAGCAGAUGAAAAGUCAUACGGUGUCUCAGCUUCCACUCAAGACUUGGACUUAGAGAAAGCAAUUUCUGCCUCACUGAAGUUAAAUGGUGCUAUUGAGGACUAUCCUGUUAUGGACUCCCAUGAGUUUUAUGUAGGAAGUAUAAAGGUAGUGAUUGCCAGGGGUAAUAUUACUGAGGUGAGAACCUCCGGCAUUGUCAAUGCUGCAAAUGGCUACCUUGCUCAUGGUGCUGGCAUAGCUGGUGCAAUCGCAAAGGCAGCAGGUCCAGGCAUGCAACAAGAAUGUGAGGAAUUGAAAAAGAAAUAUGGACCGCUGGAGACAGCAACAGUUGUACACACUCAGGCAGGUGGGAAACUUCACCGUGAGGUGGACUACAUACUACAUGCUGUGGGACCCAUCUGGAUUGAGGCUAUCAAGGGGAGAUGUACAUUUGAGCUACUCCUUACAUACCUGAAUUGCUUCCGAUAUGCAGAGAAGAUCUGGCUUGAUUCUAUAUCAUUACCCUGUAUCAGUGCAGGGAUAUUUGGUUGCCCUCUCGACGUGUCCAUUCAGAGUUUUAUGGAUGGCCUGCUGAUGUUUCACAGUGAAAAUGAGGAAAAUUGUCACUUAAGAGAGGUACAUCUGGUCAAUAAUGACCUUGAAGGAGUGGUCACUUCCAUUGCACUUAUUAAAUCCUUGUUGGAAAAUGGUCUGGACAAUGCAAUAGCACGCUCUCUUGACCGUUAUGGAACUCUCUCAAAGACUCAUGGUGGGGCGAUCCGAAACACAAAAACAUUAAGACCCAGUCCGAGGUUGACAUCUAGGGAUGAUGAUAUCAUUGGUGCAAAGAGCAGUACAGAAGCAAAGCGGGUUCCUGCACGAAGAUCAAGUUCUUUGCAGAGGACGGACCGAAAAUCUUCUGGUCUCUCUAAUUCUGGAUCUACAAGUAGUCGAAGUUUGAUAGGAGCAAGUAACUCUCAUAUCAGUGAAAAAGUUACAGAAUCAAGUUCACGCCAGUCCCUUAGAGAUAAAGCUUCUGUAAGAGGCAGAAGUGAAGAAAAGUCCUCAGUGAAAUCACGAGACCAGUUUACAUCCAGUGGGAAAUAUGAUUCAUCAAGGAGCUCAAGUGCAAGGUCAAAGGUCAGUGAUUCCUCAGAAAAUAGGCCAAGGUCAGGCAGUGUAACAAAAAAGAAAGUCAGUGAACAGAUAAUGGCUUCUCAUGGGAGUUCAAGUUCUCGUAUGUCAGGUUUACAAAGAGCUCCUCCACAGUUUAAACAAACUCUAGUAAAUACAUCUAGUGGAGCCAGACCAAAACAAACAAGUCUGAAAUCGGGGAAGAACGUACCAGUCAAGGCCACAACACUGCGAACAGACAGUAGUGCAAGGUAUAUGGGGAGUGAUCGGAGUGCAGGCUACAGGGAAUACAACAGUGGGGCAUAUGUUGAUGGAUCACAGAGCCUGCCAAUGGACAUUGGCUCUUCUCGCUGCUCAUCUUUAUCAUCCUCGCGACUAAGAGGGAACAGUCCACGGAGAUACUGA